AUGACAUUUUUGUCUUCUUAUGCUCGACUCUCCCGUCGAAUUCUUUCCUUUUUCAUCUUCUUUUUCAUUUUUUUUUCUUUUUUUUUUUUUUUUCUUUUCUUUUUUUCUUUUUCUUCCGUCAUUUUCUUUUUUUUUCUUUCACUCAUCUUUUUCUUCACAUCUUAUUUUGUUCUUUUCCUUCCUUGUUUUCCUUCCUUUCUUUCUUUCUUCUCCUUCCUUCUUUUCUUCCUUUCUUUUCCUUCCUUCUUUUCUUUACUUCUUUUCUUUCUUUUCCUUCCUUCUUUUCUAUCUUACUUUUCCUUCUUUUCCUUACUUCUUUUCUUUCUUUUUUCCUUCUUUUCUUUCCCUUUCCCUCUUUCUUUUCCUUCUUUCCUUUCCUUCCUUCUUUUCCUUCUUUUCCUUCUUUCUUUUCCUUCCUUCUUUUCCUUCUUUCUUUUCCUUCCUUCCUUCUUUUCUUUCUUUUUUUCCUUCUUUUCCUUCCUUUUUCCUUCCUUCUUUUCCUUCCUUCUUUUCUUUCCUUCUUUUCUUUCUUUUCCUUCCUUCUUUUCUAUCUUACUUUUCCUUCUUUUACUUCUUUUCCUUCCUUCUUUUUCUUCCUUCUUUUCUUUCUUUUUUCCUUUUUUUCAUUCUUUCUUUUCCUUCGUUCUUUUCCUUCUUUUUUUUCCUUCCUUCUUUUCCUUCGUUCUUUUCUUUCUUUCUUUUCCUUCCGUCUUUUCCUUCCUUUUUUUUCUCGACUUAAUUUUCUUCUUUUUUCUUUCGUUCUUUUUUUUCUUUUUUUAA